AGUUCAGGCGACCAAAUGCGCCAAAUUUUACAUGUAAUCGUCGUCGGGUUUCAUCACAAGAAAGGAUGUCAGGUAGAAUACUCGUACCCGAAGCUAGACGGUAACGGUGAAGGAGGUUUACCUGAUGAAUGGACACAUUUGCCAUCAUUAGCAUUGCCAGAUGGGGCACACAACAACGAUAGUGAUACCAUCUUCUUCAUUCUACCGUCCAGAGAGCGUUCAGGUGAAGCCAUCUUUGGAAUCUCAUGUUAUCGACAGAUUGCUGCCGAUGAACUAGUAGCAAAAACGAGUGAUGUAACGCGUAGCACAGUACAAAAGAGUGUUUGUGUGCUGUCACGAGCACCUUUGUUUGGGGCUCUGAGAGCCAAGCUUGAGGUCAUUACCCGAGCAUAUUUCGCAGAGAGAGACUUCGCCAAGGUUGAAGUGCUCUCACAAAUGUACACGAAUCUAUGCGAGAUGUUCGACAGCGAUGUCAUCGAUGAACAGGCAGCAAGCAUAGAUAUCUCCGUCCAAGAGCUAUUUGUUUGCUUUCGGCAUCAUGCCCUUCUGCUUUUCAAGCUUCUUUUGCUAGAGAAGAAGGUUGUUUUCAACAUAUCCCCUGCACAGCUUCUUGGAUCCACAAUGGUUGCUCUCGUAUCGCUGUAUCCAAAGGUGCUUGAAGAGGGAUUGCGAUACUGCGCUGCUCCGAUGGCGCUUUCGGAGGAAUCCAGUUCCCAGUCCAAUCAUCAACCUGAAAUUUCCAACGGUAAUACUACACCGGCGAUAGAAGAACCUAAGGAACCUAAAGAUGACGAAGAGGUGGAGAUUCCACCAUCUACUGCAGUACUAGAAAAUGAACCACCUAUGACCAAAGAUAGUUUUGGCUUUCCACUAAGCAUAUUCACAAAGGGCUACCUCUUUCAUCCAUAUCUUUCGAUAUCAUAUCUGGACAUGAUUAGAUCAAAUGCAGUGCGGGCAUAUGCUAUUGGUGCUACUAAUGCGCUCUUCGUUACCAAGAAAGAUCUGUUAGACGCGAUAGUCACGGUUGACGAUCAAGGUUGCGGUCAAGUCAACUUAUUAGAUCCGAAUCUUAGAAGAGAACUCAGUCUUACCUCUGCCGAUCUUCGAUUUGGAGACUAUCUUCUGAAAAAUGUUGAAGACAAUCGAAAGUCUACUGCUUUAUUUGAGGGGAGCGACGAAUGGUUACGGUUGCAAAUGCGGGAAUAUUUAUUGUCAAUGGGUGCUAGCGCUCGAUCUGAUUUAGUAGUGGCAGUGAAUGACUAUGGCACUGCUUUUGUCCAUAGUUGGAGGAAUACAAGAAAUUAUCGUAUCUGGAUGGCAGGACCACAUGAAGACCUUGCAGGAGUAGUGCCUGGACAUGCCUUUGCCGGGCAACUUGGUGUAUAUGAUGUUUUAUUACGAGUCGAACACUCUGUUGGUGGAUCUGAAGGUGCUCGUAGGGCACUAAGCGCCAUCACAUCUACGGGGAAAAAUAUCGGGGAGACGGGAAACAAAGUGCGACAAAGUCUAUCUAGUUGGUUGAAAGGCAGCCCUACAAACGCAGAAGAAGCAACGGAAGAUAUCGCCGAUGAUUCCAGAGCAAAAAAUUUCUCGUCAUGGUUUCGCGGGUCUCCAAAAGUCGAUGAACCUAAUUCUUCUAGUCAUUCUUGAAUGUAGAAUUGUAUCUAUCAUUUUAUAUUGUCAGUUUGUCAUUCUAUUUAUCACUCAUUCCUAUCCCAGCAUUUUGAUAUACAAAGAGAAUUUGUCCAUAUAUGCGAUCUCUGACUAUUACUUGAUGGUGAUGAUACUUGUUACAGCCUUUCUACCUUUUUUCAUUCUAUGUGAUUUUCGCUGCUUCAAAUUUCUAAUAAGACUAUUUAUCGAGAUUGCGCAGUUGCUACCCAC